GGGAGCAGCGGAGCAGCGGCACAGACGCCGGAGGUGCCCUGGUGAUCGUCGCCACUGGCUGACAGAGGAGGGUCCCAGGAGCCGGAGACGUGCUUCAGCGACCGCGCUGCCUUGCUCUCUGGGCAGGGGCCGCCCCCGUCACCUUGGGCUUCCCCUGCCCUUAAGGGCUUGGGCGAGUUGUGGCCCCAGCGGGUUCGGGGGCGUGUGACGGCGUUAGGGAGGGGCAGGCCGGGCUGGGCGGAUGCAGGCCGGCCCGGCAUAGGGCGCUUUCUCCGCGCUUCCUGGGGGUGAGGGGCGUGGGGCGAGGGCAGGGUUGUGGCUCCCUGGCCCCGGGGCUGGAAUGUCUCAUCUGCCUGGGGAUGGGCUUCUCUCAGGUUGAGGCCGCGCACUGCCAAGCCUCGGCCGCCGGCCUCUGAAGCUGUUGCGAGCGGCCGGUUGCGGUAGUCGUCUGCUUGGCCAGGAGGUUGGGUGUGUGCAGAUGAUUUCUCUUUCCCAGUCCCCAUGAGCUGAUCUGGGUGCACCUUCAGGGAAAGACGGGACUAAACUGCUUCUCAUUUCCCUACCUGUUGCUGGCGAGAGGACGCCUCUGUGUUUUAAAGAAAAGGGUGGUUAAACCUCGCGCGCUGAAGUCGGGAUAAGAACUCCAUUUUCUGUUGAUGUGGAGACAUAGGGUACCUCCAACUUUCCGGGGUUUCAGAAGAGAAUUUUUUAUUGAAACUGGAAGACCAAAAUAAUUACAAGCAUGUUGUGCUGGGGAAAUGCAUCCUUUGGACAGCUAGGUUUGGGUGGAAUUGAUGAAGAAAUUGUACUAGAGCCCAGAAAAAGUGACUUCUUUAUAAAUAAAAGGGUCCGAGAUGUAGGAUGUGGACUCAGACAUACUGUGUUUGUUCUGGAUGAUGGAACAGUGUACACAUGUGGAUGUAAUGAUCUAGGACAGCUAGGUCAUGAAAAAUCCAGAAAGAAACCAGAGCAGGUUGUUGCCCUGGAUGCCCAAAAUAUUGUAGCUGUUUCAUGUGGAGAAGCUCAUACGUUAGCGCUAAAUGACAAAGGCCAGGUGUAUGCUUGGGGUCUCGAUUCUGAUGGACAGCUUGGCCUGGUAGGAUCAGAGGAAUGCAUCAGAGUACCCAGCUGCUUCCCGAAAAUCAUGUGUGUCGACUCUCUGGUCAGAAUUUGCUCCGGACUCUCUUAUGGCAGAAUCAGGUCAGGUGACAGUAUCAGAAAUAUUAAAAGUUUGUCAGAUAUCCAGAUUGUACAGGUUGCUUGUGGUUACUAUCAUUCACUUGCACUUUCUAAAGCAAGUGAAGUCUUCUGUUGGGGACAGAAUAAAUAUGGCCAAUUGGGUUUAGGUACUGACUGUAAAAAGCAAACUUCACCGCAGCUGCUUAAGUCUUUGCUUGGAAUCCCUUUCAUGCAAGUUGCAGCAGGAGGAGCCCAUAGUUUUGUACUCACCCUUUCUGGAGCUAUCUUUGGAUGGGGACGCAACAAGUUUGGUCAGCUAGGUCUUAAUGAUGAAAAUGAUAGGUAUGUUCCUAAUUUACUAAAGUCACUAAGAUCUCAGAAAAUAGUUUAUAUUUGUUGUGGAGAAGAUCAUACUGCUGCUCUAACCAAGGAAGGUGGAGUGUUUACUUUUGGAGCUGGAGGGUAUGGUCAGUUGGGCCAUAAUUCUACCAGUCAUGAAAUAAACCCAAGGAAAGUUUUUGAACUUAUGGGAAGCAUUGUCACUCAGAUUGCUUGUGGACGGCAGCACACUUCUGCUUUUGUUCCUUCAUCAGGACGAAUUUACUCUUUUGGGCUUGGUGGUAAUGGGCAGCUGGGAACCGGUUCAACAAGCAACAGGAAAAGUCCCUUUACUGUAAAAGGAAAUUGGUACCCUUAUAAUGGGCAGUGUCUACCAGAUAUUGAGGCGAGGUCUUGCCAUGUUGUCCAGGCUGGUCUUGAGCUCCUGGGCUCAAGUGAUCCUCCUACCUUGGCUUCCCAAAGUGCUGGGAUUACAGAUUAUGAAGAAUAUUUCUGUGUAAAAAGAAUUUUCUCAGGGGGAGAUCAAAGCUUUUCACAUUACUCUAGUCCCCAGAACUGUGGGCCACCAGAUGACUUCAGAUGUCCCGAUCCGACAAAGCAGAUCUGGACAGUGAAUGAAGCUCUAAUUCAGAAAUGGCUGAGCUAUCCUUCUGGAAGGUUUCCUGUGGAGAUAGCCAAUGAGAUAGAUGGAACGUUUUCUUCCUCUGGUUGCCUAAAUGGAAGUUUUUUAGCUGUUAGCAAUGAUGAUCACUAUAGAACAGGUACCAGAUUUUCAGGGGUUGAUAUGAAUGCUGCUAGGCUUUUAUUCCACAAACUUAUACAACCUGAUCAUCCGCAGAUAUCUCAGCAGGUGGCAGCUAGUUUGGAAAAGAAUCUUAUUCCUAAACUGACUAGCUCCUUACCUGAUGUUGAAGCAUUGAGGUUUUAUCUUACUCUACCAGAAUGUCCCCUGAUGAGUGAUUCCAACAAUUUCACAACAAUAGCAAUUCCCUUUGGUACAGCUCUUGUGAACCUAGAAAAGGCACCACUGAAAGUACUUGAAAACUGGUGGUCAGUACUUGAACCUCCACUAUUCCUCAAGAUAGUAGAACUUUUUAAGGAAGUUGUGGUACAUCUUUUGAAACUCUACAAGAUCGGUAUUCCCCCUUCUGAAAGAAGAAUUUUCAACAGUUUUCUUCAUACUGCAUUAAAGGUUUUAGAAAUACUACAUAGGGUAAAUGAGAAAAUGGGACAGAUUAUACAGUAUGAUAAAUUUUAUAUACAUGAAGUACAAGAAUUGAUAGACAUAAGAAAUGAUUAUAUCAACUGGGUCCAACAGCAGGCCUAUGGAAUGGAUGUCAACCAUGGAUUAACUGAGUUGGCAGAUAUCCCUGUUACAAUCUGUACAUAUCCAUUUGUAUUUGAUGCCCAAGCAAAAACUACUCUGUUACAGACCGAUGCAGUCUUACAGAUGCAGAUGGCUAUUGAUCAGGCCCACAGGCAGAAUGUCUCCUCUCUUUUUCUCCCAGUGAUUGAAUCUGUGAAUCCCUGCUUAAUUCUAGUGGUGCGUAGAGAAAAUAUUGUAGGAGAUGCAAUGGAAGUCCUUAGGAAAACAAAGAACAUAGAUUACAAGAAGCCACUCAAGGUUAUAUUUGUUGGAGAAGAUGCUGUGGAUGCAGGAGGGGUGCGCAAAGAAUUUUUCUUGCUCAUCAUGAGGGAAUUAUUGGAUCCUAAAUACGGCAUGUUUAGGUAUUAUGAAGAUUCCAGGCUCAUUUGGUUUUCUGAUAAGACAUUUGAAGACAGUGAUUUGUUCCAUUUGAUUGGUGUUAUCUGUGGCUUAGCAAUUUAUAAUUUUACCAUUGUGGACCUCCAUUUUCCUUUGGCUUUAUAUAAGAAACUACUGAAAAAGAAGCCAUCCUUGGAUGAUUUGAAAGAACUAAUGCCUGAUGUUGGGAGAAGCAUGCAACAGUUACUGGAUUAUCCAGAAGAUGACAUAGAGGAAACAUUUUGUCUUAAUUUUACGAUCACAGUUGAAAACUUUGGUGCAACAGAAGUGAAAGAGCUGGUUCUAAAUGGUGCAGACACAGCUGUUAACAAACAAAAUCGGCAAGAGUUUGUUGAUGCUUAUGUGGAUUACAUAUUCAAUAAAUCAGUGGCUUCCUUAUUUGAUGCUUUUCAUGCGGGCUUUCAUAAGGUCUGUGGAGGAAAAGUCCUUCUGCUCUUUCAGCCUAAUGAACUACAAGCAAUGGUCAUUGGAAAUACAAAUUAUGAUUGGAAGGAACUGGAAAAGAAUACAGAAUACAAAGGGGAAUAUUGGGCAGAACAUCCUACGAUAAAAAUUUUUUGGGAAGUAUUUCACGAAUUACCAUUGGAAAAGAAGAAACAGUUUCUGUUAUUUUUGACAGGUAGUGAUCGCAUUCCUAUUCUUGGUAUGAAGAGUCUGAAACUAGUCAUCCAGUCCACAGGAGGUGGUGAGGAGUAUCUCCCAGUUUCCCAUACUUGUUUUAAUCUUCUGGAUCUUCCAAAAUAUAAAGAAAAAGAAACUCUACGCUCUAAACUGAUCCAAGCUAUUGAUCACAAUGAAGGCUUCAGUUUAAUAUAACUUUGGAGUUAUAGCUAUUCAGUUUAGUGCAAAAGCAUUAAACUAUUUGUGUUUUUCUUGUGGUGAUGAAUUCAGCAAGGUGACAGAGGUACUAUUAUAAUUCUUACUUGCAGAAUGUUCAAUCUACGAGUGUUCAUGGAAGCCAAAAAAUAUUAAAGGAAAAUGAACAAACUGUUAAUAUUAUUGUACAGAACCAUGGAUUUUUUUGACCAUCUUCUAAUAAACAUAGCAAGUAUUAUGAAUACAUUAAAGUUUUACUAACAUGAAUUUUAAGAGUUUGCAUAUUUCAGAAAUGAUCUGGUGUGAGUGCAUGGAAAUAUUGCUUAAUUUUUCUUCAAUCAUUGAGUGAAAAACCUUUAACUUUGGCCUGCAAUAGUCAUUUGAUUAUUUUUUCAUUUUGUAAAUAAUGUUAAGUUUUGUAAUAAAAUAGUUAUGUUCUGAUACCA